CAAUGGUUUUCCAAAAAACAUUUAUUAAAAAAAGGGAAACAGAAGACUUCGAUUUUAAUGGUCUAUUGCGCCAAAUAGCUCCAUUCCGUUUUCAACAAGCCCUAAAUAACACGGCUGUCUUCUCUUUGAAUCGACUGUCUAUAUAAACACAUGAUGCACACAUUUGCUGCACAGAGAACGAAGCAAAGCAAAUAAGAGAACCCAAAAAAAAAAAAAAAAUGGGGGGGAAAGGUAAUGGUCAGAGUCAGACUGAAGCGCGCAUGGGUCACGGUGUCGACGGCCCGACUAAUCCCAUGGUCACCCCGCUUUUAACCGAUCUUUAUCAGUUCACCAUGGCUUAUGCUUACUGGAAAGCCGGCAAGCAUGAGGAACGUGCCGUGUUUGAUUUAUAUUUUAGAAAGAAUCCAUUUGGUGGUGAAUAUACAAUCUUUGCUGGUUUAGAAGAAUGCAUAAGGCUAAUUGCUAACUUCAAGUUUACAGAGGAUGAGAUCUCGUUUGUCCGUCUUAGCUUGCCUGGUUCGUGUGAGGAUGGCUUCUUCAAUUAUCUUAGGGGAAUCGACUGUUCUGAUGUUGAAGUGUAUGCUAUUUCAGAGGGAUCGGUUGUUUUCCCAAAGGUACCCUUGCUACGAGUUGAAGGGCCAGUUGCUGUGGUCCAAUUGCUGGAAACACCAUUUUUGAAUCUUAUUAAUUACGCAUCAUUAGUCGCUACAAAUGCUGCAAGACAUCGAUUUGUAGCUGGAAAGUCCAAAUUGUUACUUGAGUUUGGGCUUCGACGGGCUCAGGGACCUGAUGGAGGGAUAGGAGCAUCAAAAUACUGUUACAUGGGAGGGUUUGAUGCAACAAGUAAUGUUGCAGCUGGGAGGUUAUUUGGGAUACCGCUUCGUGGAACACAUUCGCAUGCCUUUGUUAGCUCAUUUAUGAGUCCUGAUGAGAUAAUAGAAAAAUCACUUAAAAGCUCUGAUGGCUCACAUACUUGUGAGGAUUUUGUCAGUCUGGUUCAGACAUGGUUAAACAAAAUUAAGUGGUCAAGUUCAUUACGUGGCAUAUUUAGUGAGACAAAUCAAAGUGAGCUAGCCGCUUUUACCUCAUAUGCCUUAGCAUUCCCCAAGAGCUUUCUGGCUCUUGUAGACACAUAUGAUGUCAUGAGGAGUGGAGUUCCCAACUUUUGUGCAGUUGCUCUAGCACUCAAUGAUUUGGGGUAUAAAGCUGCAGGCAUUAGAUUGGACUCCGGUGAUCUAGCAUAUUUAUCUUGUGAGGCCCGAAAGUUCUUUCGCUCUAUUGAGAAAGAAUUUGGAGUGCCUGGUUUUGAAAAGAUGAGCAUUACUGCAAGUAAUGAUCUCAAUGAAGAAACUUUGGAUGCAUUAAAAAACAGGUAAUCUCUAAAUUAAAAUUAUUUUGGAUAAACUUAUCUUCUUAUUGCUUCUAAACUUUAUGCAUGUGUUAAAAGAUUAUAAAAUUGCAAAUAUUUAGAUUAUUUUCUAAAAUACCUUUUUGGAGUGACGACUAUUAAUAGGAUGUAUACGAGUGUGAUACACCUACCUAUUGGUGGGGAUUUUUCUGAUAGCAUGAUACCCUUUAGCUGGUAUGCUGAGUAACUGUGUAUGCCUGAACCUUUUUUCAGGUAAUUAUUGACUGCAUCUGGCAAUAUCAUUUUGUUGUAUUCAUACAGUCUGUGAAUCACUGAGCUGCCCCGGUUAUAUCAUUAUUUGGGUAACAAUUGGGUCAACUAUAAUGAGUUGUCCUGUUGAAAUAUUGUAAUUUAGUAUAAAGAAAUAAAUUACAUCAAUCCAUCUAUCUCUACAAACAUUGUGUCAGAAUAGAAUUAUUUGAAUUAAAAGAAUUAAUUACCUCUAUACAUCUGUAUAAGUUUAAGCUUUUAACAUGUUAUCUAAUGUAAUAUUUAUGUAGGAUGAUAUAGUUAAAUGUGUUCAUUAAACAUUAUAUUGGACUUUGAUGUCUUAACGGGCUAACUUCUUUUUUAAUCUUUGUGAAAGGGUCACGAGGUAGAUGCAUACGGAAUAGGAACCUAUCUGGUCACUUGCUAUGCUCAGGCUGCUCUAGGUUGUGUUUUCAAGCUCGUUGAGAUCAAUAGUCAGCCUCGCAUAAAACUUUCUGAAGAUGUUUCAAAGGUUUCUAUGCCCUGUAAAAAACGGAGUUAUAGAUUAUAUGGCAGAGAAGGUUUCCCUCUGGUAGACAUAAUGACAGGAGAAAAUGAACCAUCUCCGAAGGUGGGAGAACGAAUUUUGUGUCGUCACCCUUUUAAUGAAUCUAAGAGAGCAUAUGUGGUGCCACAGCAUGUUGAAGAACUUCUGAAGUGCUACUGGCCUGGGAACUCAGGUAAACGAAGAGAAGAUUUACCUCCACUGAAGGACAUUAGAGAACAUUGCAUCAAACAGCUUGAACAAAUGCGGCCUGAUCACAUGAGGAGACUAAACCCGACACCUUACAAGGUGAGUGUAAGUGCGAAAUUGUACGACUUCACUCAUUUCCUCUGGCUCAAUGAAGCACCCGUUGGGGAGUUGCAAUAAGGAUUUAUCGGCAUAAGCUUUCAUGGAGAGUGGUGUACAAAUUGCAAGUCACGAUUCCAAGAGAAUUGGAGGAGCUUCUUCAGAUAGUCGUUGCAUACACAUGUUGAAUUUAUAUUAUAAUUUAAUUUCAGAGUUUCUAUAAUCAAACUCAAUAAAACAACUGAUUGUGUUGUAUUGUGAUAGUACAAAUUGAAUUUAUAGGUAAAAAUAAAUCUUAUUUUCUCACAA